AUGGAAGGCAAAGAAGAAGAUGUUAGAGUCGGAGCUAACAAAUUCCCGGAGAGGCAACCGAUCGGAACAUCGGCUCAGAGCGACAAGGACUACAAGGAGCCACCACCUGCGCCGUUGUUCGAGCCAGGCGAGCUUGCUUCGUGGUCCUUCUGGAGAGCCGGAAUCGCUGAGUUCAUCGCGACGUUUCUGUUCCUAUACAUCACUGUUUUGACCGUUAUGGGCGUGAAGAGGGCACCUAACAUGUGUGCUUCCGUCGGAAUCCAAGGAAUCGCUUGGGCUUUCGGUGGUAUGAUCUUCGCUCUCGUCUACUGCACCGCUGGUAUCUCCGGUGGACACAUCAACCCAGCUGUUACCUUCGGAUUGUUCUUAGCCAGGAAGCUUUCGCUCACAAGAGCUGUGUACUACAUAGUGAUGCAGUGCUUAGGAGCUAUCUGUGGAGCCGGUGUGGUCAAGGGUUUCCAACCAAAGCAAUACCAAGCUCUGGGCGGUGGAGCUAACACCGUAGCUCCUGGCUACACCAAAGGAAGUGGUCUCGGAGCUGAGAUUAUUGGAACUUUUGUUCUUGUUUACACGGUCUUCUCCGCCACCGAUGCCAAGAGAAACGCUCGUGACUCUCAUGUUCCCAUUCUUGCACCACUCCCUAUCGGAUUCGCUGUGUUCUUGGUCCACUUAGCAACCAUCCCCAUCACCGGAACUGGCAUCAACCCAGCUAGGAGUCUUGGAGCUGCAAUCAUCUUCAACAAGGACAACGCUUGGGACGACCAUUGGGUCUUUUGGGUUGGACCAUUCAUUGGUGCUGCACUUGCUGCUCUGUACCAUGUGAUUGUCAUCAGAGCCAUCCCAUUCAACAAGUCCAGAAGCUGA